AUGACCAACAAGGAGCAAAGAGGCCUUGAUACCUCCGAUGCGGAGCAUGCAAGCAUUGCGGACUCGGCUGAAGAGUUUGAAGUCUUCAAGAAGACCGCAGAUGGUGUGAGUUUUCGCGAUGUGGGUUGGUUCAAAGCCUGCAUUCUGUUUGUGAAAGUUCUUUUUGCGACAGGUGUGCUCUCUCUGCCUUCAGCACUACUCUCCCUCGGUGCUGUGGGUGGUGCCAUCAGCAUUGUGGCCUGGGGCGUACUCAACACAUAUGCCUUUGUGAUCCUUGGGAACUUUCGCCUGCGUCGCCCUCACUGUCACUCCAUUGCAGACAUGGCAGAGGUGGUGGGCGGCGUGGUCGGCAAAGAAAUCACUGGCCUAUUAUUUAUCAUCGGCUACGUUUUGGUCACAGGCAGUGGAAUUGUUGGGGUAUCCACGGCCUUGAACGCCCUCUCACAUCAUGCCGCCUGUACUGUCUGGUGGUCAUUUCUGGCCAUGGUGGUAGUGAUCGCGACAGCCUCAAUUCGCAAACUUACUCAUGUUGGAUGGCUCACAUAUGCCGGCUUCAUCUCAAUCUAUGCUGCUGUGCUGAUUGUGGUCAUCGGUGUCACCACACGAGACCGACCAGCUGCCGCUCCACAGACAGGCCCCUACGACCUUGGUUAUGUGGCUAUCAACAACCCAGGUUUUGCUGCCGGCAUGGUCGCAUCCAGCACAAUUUUCGUCUCCUCUGCCGGCACAAGCGCCUUUUUGCCCGUUAUCUCGGAGAUGCGUAACCCAAAGGACUACAAGAAAGCGCUGUACCCUUGCAUGGUGCUAGUCACCGCGUCAUAUCUUGCCUUUAGCUUGGUUGUUUACCGUUGGUGUGGCCAGUGGGUCGCCAGCCCUUCAUUAGGGAGUGCUGGUCAAACGAUCAAGAUGGUAUCCUACGGAGUCGCCUUACUAGGACUGAUUGUGAGCGCCACGAUUUAUCUUCAUGUUGGAGCAAAAUAUCUCUUUGUUCGGAUUCUAGGCAAAACUCGUCACUUACAGGCAAAUUCGAUGAUCCAUUGGGGGACUUGGCUUGCCUGUACGGUUGUUCUGGGCGCCAUAUCUUUCAUCCUCGCUGAAGCUAUUCCCAUUUUCAAUUACUUGAUCGCAUUAGUCGGAUCUCUAUGCUUUGCGCCGCUCGCUAUAUCCCUCCCCGGGCUACUCUGGCUACACGACCAUGGUCACUACUUGAAGGGAUCUCUUGUGCAGAAGGUCAAGUUCGUCCUCCAUAUAGGAAUGAUCCUUCUCGGUAUAUUUUUCCUUGUUGGUGCAACAUACGGCGUCAUCAUUCAAAUCAAGGCGGCCUACGCCGAUGGAACAAUCGGCUCAACAUUCUCCUGUGCCGACAACUCGAAUUCCUCCUGA